UAUUCUUUAGAAAAUUAAUUUUUUUUAUUACUAUCUUAAAAUAUUUUUGUUUUAAAUUUUAAAUUUUAAUUUUAAAAUCUAAAUUGUUUAAAAAAUUAGAGUAAAAAAAUAAUUUAAUAAUAAAAAAUUUUAAUUAAUAUUAAUUAAUUAAAAAUUGAUCUUCUAAAUCUAAUUAUCUAGUAACUAUUAAAAUUAAUAAAUUAUAGAAAAAGACGUUGAAAAUUGAAAAACAAAAGAUCUACAUAUAUCUACGUUUGUUAAGAAUGAAUAUUAUCAUUUUUAUUUUGAAAAUAUUAUUUUUUUAAUAAAUUUAUACAAACAUAUCAUAUAAAAAAAUAAGAGUAAUAAUAUAUUUUUCAAUAUUUUAUUCUUUUAUGUUAUCUUUUGAGUGGCCUUCUCAAAUAUGAACCAUACAAAUAUCUAAUUUGCUCCCAAACGGAUUGUCCUGCCCUUCAAUUACUCCUUUUGUUCUUAGAAGAAAAUAAAGAUAACUGCAUAAACCAAUCAUGGCUUUACCUUAUUCAUUUGCUACUACUACUAAAUCUUCAGUUUUUUCAAAGCUUCACAACACUUCUUUCUUCCAACACAAUCAACUACAAAGAGCAAAUGUUGUUACUGUGGUAAAGUGUGAAUCAAAAGACUCAUCAGAAGAUAACAUAGAACUGCAAGCAAAGGGUCCAAAGCUAGAGAUAGGUUCACCUAUUAUUUUUACAGAGGCUCCUAAAAUGAUUAAGACUGCUGCUUCUGUUCCAUGUCUUAGGGUUAAUUCUGGUUUGGUCAAGCCUGGUGAUGUUGGAAGAAUCGUGUCAAGAAAACCCAAAGAUGUGUGGGCAGUGCGGCUUAGCAUUGGAACCUUCCUCAUAGAUGGGAAAUACUUCAAACCCUUGGACCUGGCUGAGUAUAGUUGAUUUAUGAUUCAUAAUUUUACAAAUUUGGUAGGUUUAUUUUUUAAUUUUACUUUUUAUAUCUUGUGUUACAUUGUGUAACUGAACUAUUUUCCUCUAUGUUAUUUUAUCUAAAAAUUAUAUGGAAUUAAUUUGUAUGUACGGUUGAUAAAUGUAAAUAUAUUUUUAGGUGAA